UUAUCUUUAAGUUCCACUUGGUGUUAAGUGGAGCUUUGUUAAGGAAAAAGUUGAGUUAGGUCGGUGCAAAUGGCCCUCUCAGCCUUUCUCCGUUUCAAUCCCAAACAAGUAUCCGAACAUCGCUAUGAUCAACUAACGAACAAAGCUUUCAAUAUGAUACGUCAUUUCUAAUUUUAAAUUUUAAUUUGUAUUUGUACAAUCGUAGCGAAAAUGGUGUUACAAACUGUGUUGUCUUAUAUUCUAAAUAAAUAUUUAGGAACGUUCGUGGAAAAUUUAGACGCUAACCAAUUGAAUGUUGGAAUAUGGGGAGGUGAUGUGGAACUUAAAAACCUAGUGCUAAAAACUUCUGCAUUAGAUGAAUUAGACUUGCCGGUGGAAAUAGUUUAUGGUGUCAUAGAGAAACUUGUAUUGAAAAUACCAUGGAAAACUGUUUAUACGUCACCUUCAGUAGUAUGCUUGGAAGGAAUAUAUUUAUUGCUGCAACCAAACCAACAAGUACAAUAUGAUGAAGUAAAAGAGGAGAAAAGGAAAUUGGAGUUUAAAAUGAAAGAGAUACAGCGAAUUGAGGAAGCAAAAAAAACGGAAGCUGAUAAAGGGAAACCCUCAAGUAAAUUGGGAUGGACUCAAGAGUUUACUCAAAAAUUAGUAGCUACGAUAAUAAAAAACAUACAAUUGAACAUAAAAAAUAUUCAUGUGAGAUAUGAGGAUAGAGUUACCAACCAGAAGAAUCCGUUUUCCUUGGGGACCACUUUGAGUGAGUUGAUUGUAGAGAGUACAGAUUCCAACUGGACAAGAACAAUAGCAGAAGAUAUUACAAAGAUAUAUAAGAUUCUACAGUUGGAGGGAUUAUCUGUUUAUCUCAACUGCAAAAGCAAAAUGUAUGGUGAUUUUUCGAAUGCUGACAUUCUGAGUGAAAUGAGGAAUGGUAUCUCAUCCGGCAAAAAUAAUGUAUGCAACUUCUCAUAUGUUUUGGGACCGAUAAAUUCGUCAGCGAGGUUGCGAAUGAAUCAAAAUCCUGCGAGUGAUUCUGUACCGUAUUCUAUUCCCAAAGUUCACCUCAAUUUACAAAUGGAAAAAUUAUUCGUUGGUAUUAGUAAGAUUCAGUAUCAAGAUAUAAUUGCACUAGCAGAUUCUAUGGGCCGAAUGUCGAGAGGCAUUCCUUAUCGAAAAUAUAGACCUAACCAUACAAAAUAUAUGGGGCACUAUAAGGAAUGGUGGCAUUUUGCUUACAAUUGUGUAGUUGAAGGGGAAAUCAGAAGAAAACGGAAAAAUUGGGAUUGGAAUCAUAUUCUCGAAUAUCGCAAAGCAUGUAAAGAAUACAAACAUCUGUUUUCGAAACAAAUUAAUAAUCAGUUGGUAAGUUUUCAAUAUCUGCAUUGAUUUUUGUACACAGUU